CGUUUCUUUGUGAUUUCAAGAUGGCGCGUUUCUCGUGUGUUUUGUGUGUUCUUCUCAUGUGUUUCUUGCCUUUGAAUGCGAAAAAGAAGGUUACUAAGGAGGUAGAUAUUUGAAGCUUAUGUUCAAUACUGAUAUUUGAAAGGAAAUUAAGAAUGGUAUUUUCUUUUAAAGGUGCAACUUGAGGCGAAAGUGAAGCAAUUGAUGGACUGGACGAGCAGACGGCCUGUGAUACGAAUGAAUGGCGAUAAAUAUAGACAAUAUGUCAAGGGAGUACCGAGAAAUUAUUCAAUCAUAUUAAUGUUGACUGCUUUAGCUCCACAAAGACAAUGUGCAGUUUGUAGGUAGGUACUGUACAUUUUCAACUGCUAUACUCCUAUAAAUAGUGCUCUACAGUAUAGCUCAGCAGCCCUGCGGGCAGACUUUAUUCAUUGCCCCACUUUCUAUUUCUUAAGCCCUUUUCGACUUAAUGCAUGGUUCAAUUCUUCCUGUUACCAUCCCCCCCCAGCAACCCCCGGGGAUUUGUGCGCCAAAAAUUCCCGGGGGUGGGGAAUUUCAUUGAUCGUUUGGUCCCGGGGGUAGGGGUGGGGAAUAUUUAUAAUUAUGACAUUAUAUUAUGCCCCCGAAUGCGUUGGGUUGGACUUAGCCCGCGAACCCGUGUGAAGCUGUUUCCCGCGAGAUCUACAGUACCGUCCAACGGAAACUAUACAUUUGUUUGUGAGCGAGUUUCGAGAAUGUCUGAGCGAGAAACACGAUGCGAAACCUUGCGAGGGGCGCUAUCGCUACCUCUCGCUCGUUACGCGUAAUGACUCGCUCGAAUAAUUUGUUUACUGCUUUUGCAAAAUCGCAAAACGUGCUUCGCGAAUCGCGCUCGAUAAAUCGCUUAUGAGCAAAAACUUCAUGGCAGUGAAAAACAUAAAGGCUAUGGAAGUCUUACCUUGUUUUUUCUAAACGAUUGAGGCACAAGAUAUUACGUUUUAUAAGUAGAUGUCUCGCAGCACUGUCGGUACAUAAAUUAUUCACAGUUUCACCUUAGGCUUAGCAAAACGUCGAAAUUCGCAUGAAUCGCGGUAAUUCUUUCAAUAUUUCAAAGCCAGAUAAUUUAUAAACAAACCUUUGUAAUAGAAACUGUAACAGCUAAGUGCAGUCGGUCUCAAAAUUAUGCUGUUUACAUGCAGUGCUUUGUGAUCGGAAGCAAAUUAAAAAAAACUUGAGAUAGACUCAAACUAUUUAGUAUUGAGUUGGAAAUUUGCUCAGAAAUAAUAUGAAGAAAUAUUACGUACUUAUAUCGCGACUUUAUGAACGAAUUAUCAGUCAAAACACGCGCAAAGGGAUGAAAUUUCCAUUUACUUUCCAAACAUGGAGAUAUCUCAUGGAGAUAUCUAUAUGUCACAAUUACGUGUUGGCACUUUUAUUUGGAAUUUAGGUUCUGCAAUUAAGGUCAUUCACGGGUGAUAUUCUAUAUUAGCGAAAAUUUCAAACCCCCCAAAUCAGACUCCAAAAUGUGAUGAAUCUCGAUCAAAAUAGCUAACAUUAGUUACAAUAUUUCUCCGGUCCCUAAACUAUAUUUUUAAGAUGCAAAGUGCAAAGUGCAUUUUGUUACCAAAGAGUUUUAUGUGCCUACUGCAAUCAAGAAAUUCGAUCAGUGAACGACGCACUGGUUUAUCUGAAAUCAUGGAGCGAAAAAUUGUUUCCACUUACUAGGCGAUGUUUCCAAUUGUUGCUUACAGUCAGGCCCAUAACUAGGUACAGGGUCUUAGCUAGAAGGCCGUGUUGGCCGUGUUAUCGCGGCCAACAAUGUAAAAACAUGGCUAGAUGAAAUGAACGCGGCUUCAGUAUUUAUUUUUGGCCGUGCAUGUACGUUCAUAAAAUAAGGUGUUGCUACUUACAACAUACAUCAUUUCUUUGUAAAAUCUACUGUAGUGGUUGAAAUUGGUAAAAGUGAUCCGUGAUGUUUUAAUGUUUUGAUGGACAAUGGGAACCGUAUGGUUGUUAAAAUGGCUUUAAAUGUCCCAAAAGUUGCUAAAAUAAGUUAUUAUAAUGUCAGUGCGAAAUAUGAGCGUAUGCUCGCCUUGUAUUUGGUUAAAAAGCAUAUAGAACAACCACAGGUAUAGUCUAUUGUUGACAAGCAUAACUGGAAUCAUGUUUUUGGCUAUUCAAGGCAAUUGACAGGGCCACACCCUGGAAAUUUAGAAACACGCCCAAGAUAUAAAAUCCUAGCUAAGACCCUGACUAGGUAUAUGAGUCAAUCGAGUUCAAGUUCAAUGACAGACUGUAGUUCUCUCCAUGUAAAGAAGCAUUGUUCUUGCCCUACAGUGACGUAAGAAAUGGGAGGCUGUGUGGGUGCACAAGUACCCCAAUAACAAAAGUGCGGGCCAGUGCCCAAAUAUUACAACAACUGAGCACAAAUACUUUUUUAUUAUGCACUUGAUCAAUGAUGUUCGACCAAAAAUAUUUAUAAUUCUUAGCCUCAGGAUUGGGGGCAAACUACAGUAUAAGAUUAUAGUCAUUGUGUCACUGUUUAUGAAAUUGAUUUUUCGUUUGAACUGCUCCCAGAAUGCAGGAAAUAGCGUUUCUAAGCCUUAGAAAAUCAAAAAUUUUCUGGGGGAGCAUACCUCCAGACCCCCCCAGAAGUGUCUCGGUCAAUCAAAAAUUCUAUAGUUACGCGCCUGACAAUUCCUGUAACAUCCACAUCAGCCGAGCGCAGCUUAUCAAAGCUGAAAUCAGCGAAAACUGUUAUGCGUUCAGAAAUGAACCAGGAACGCCUUGGUGAACUCUUGACUCUUGUGUGUGAGCGCGAUCUAAAAGACACAGUCACACGAUCGAUCUUGACGACAUCGCUAAUCCGUGGUCAAACCUGACUAAGCGCAGACACUUAACGUUUCACACAACAUGCGGAGAUGCUGUUGAAGUUAAGAAGGGAGAAAAGAACCCGUAAAACGAAGGUAACUAAGCUUAAACAUGAAUUACAAAAAUUAUGCAGUGUAAAGGACGGAAAUAUAGACACUGCUCAAAUCGAAAAUUGCGUAAGUGAAUUGUGGGAAAUUUUGGAGGAAACACAGCUUGUAAUGGACGAAAUGAAUAGCUUGUAUUUACAGAUGAAUGAUAUGAAACUGCACAAAGAAAUUAUGCAAGAAUCAGAUAACUUAGAGCUAGAAAUACAGCAGACUAUAGACAGUGCACAAAAGAUGUUAGUUGACUCACCCCAAGUAUUAGAAAAAGACAACCCAGUCGACACCGAACCAGUUUUGCUCACAGGGGGAAAUGAUUUAUCGACCGAAUCGAAUAACAAUUUGCAAACAGAAGUACAGACCCCUAGUCACCAGGACCCAACCCCUAGUUCCCAGGCCCCAAUUCCACCUGGUACCCAGACUAUGACCCUUCCUUAUCAGAGCCCUAGUUCCCAAACCCCAAUUCCACCUGGUACCCAGACUACGACCCUUCCUUAUCAGAGCCCUGGUUACCACCCCCCAAUUCCACCUGGUACCCAGACUAUGACCCUUCCAUAUCAGAGCCCUGUUCCCAAACCCCAAUUCCACCUGGUACCCAGGCUACGACCCUUCCAUAUCAGAGCUCUAGUUCCCAAACCCCAAUUCCACCUGGUACCCAGACUACGACCCUUCCUUAUCAGAGCCCUAGUUCCCAAACCCCAAUUCCACCUGGUACCCAGACUACGACCCUUCCAUAUCAGAGCCCUGGUUACCACCCCCCCUCCCCCCUCAAUUCCACCUGGUACACAGGCUAUGACCCUUCCAUAUCAGAGCCCUAGUUCCCAAACCCCAAUUCCACCUGGUACCCAGGCUACGACCCUUCCAUAUCAGAGCUCUAGUUCCCAAACCCCAAUUCCACCUGGUACCCAGACUACGACCCUUCCUUAUCAGAGCCCUAGUUCCCAAACCCCAAUUCCACCUGGUACCCAGACUACGACCCUUCCAUAUCAGAGCCCUAGUUACCAGACCCCAAUUCCACCUGGUACCCAGACUACGACCCUUCCUUAUCAGAGCCCUGGUUACCACCCCCCAAUUCCACCUGGCACCCAGACUACGACCCUUCCUUACCCAAUUUCACCCCAAAUGCAAGGGGGUAAUUCAGCAAUUAAUCGUCACCUUAAAGCUUUGCGCGUUCCUGUUUUUGAUGGUACCAAGGCCAAAUUUGAAGAAUUUUGGAGCCUGUUUCUGAGUUUGGUAGAUGCUUCAAAUGAACCCAUCAAUCUCAAAAUGGCAAGAUUACAGCAAAGUUUAACCGGCCGAGCCCAUGAUGCAAUUCGAGGUCUAGGGGUAUCAGAACCUGAAUACACAGAAGCGAAAGAAAUUCUUAAGACAAAGUUUGGUGAGCAACGUCGGCAACUAAGAGCUUACAUGGAUGAGUUAAAUAGUAUACCAGCACUGCGUUAUAAUGAUGUGGACAAUUUUGAAAGGUUUGCUGAUUUAGUGAGAGUGGCGGUUGUGAAGCUGAAAGCAGAAAACCGACAAGCAGAGCUAGGAGAGGGAACAUUGCACAGUCAACUCGUACGGAAGUUACAUGAUCGACAUUUAGAGUGUUACAGUCGUUGGUUAAACGUUCAUAACAAAGAACCUGCAGUUACUAGUUUGUGUGACUGGUUAAAAGAAGAAGUGGCAAUCAAGAUUGAAGCGAAAGAAAUGGCUCAUGGGUUGGAUGAGGAACUGUUACCUGAGCGACGACUCCCGAGAGGAAAAUCUGAUGAAGGUCGCCCAAGGUCAUACUUUACUGGAAAAGAAGUGGACGACCGCUUUCAAAACCGUAUAGAAAAACGAGAAGAGAGAACCAAGCCACCCUGCGUUUUCUGUGGUCAGGGUAACCAUGGGAUAUGGAAUUGCAACCAAUUUAAACAGAAAACAGUCGGAGAACGGUGGAAAGUUGCAAAAGAAAAGUAUCUGUGUUUUCGUUGUUUAUCCAAUGAGCAUCGUGGAAAGUAUUGUAGACGGACUCGCCCAUGUGAUGUUGAUGGAUGUCAGCUCACUCAUCACCGACUACUUCAUGACACCGCCCAAAGCAGGAAACCAGGUCCUGUACUUCCGGACGAGAGGGCGGACCCUUCACGGGAGGGGGCAGAGAGUUUGACAGAUCUUACUAUGACAUCAAACCGGUCCAAAUUGCAACCAGAGGCAACCUAAUUGAGAACAGUUCCAGUUUGGGUAAAAGCUAAUGGAAAAAAGGUGAAAGUGAAUGCAGUGUUAGAUGAUGCCUCAAAUGAAUCUUUCAUGAAUGAAGAAGUUGCUGGCCUCCUUGGAUUGAGAACUACGUGGCAAACUGUACAAGUACGAGUGUUAAACGAUUCUGUGGAAACCUUCAGGUCAAUGCCGCUGCAGAUCGAUUUAGAAAGUGAUGAUCGCCAGUUCACUAAAACCAUAAAUGUUCAAACCUGUCCUAGAGCAGUUACACGGAGCUAUCAAGUGGUGGAUUGGAAUCAAUAUCAGUCAAACUGGCCGCAUCUUUCGCAAUGCAAUUUUGCUACGCCAGCUAAAGAUGGGUUUGCUGAUUUACUGAUUGGUGUGGACAACCCUGAUCUGCACUUCUCCAUUGUUGAUUUCCAAGGCCCCUCGGGAGGGCCAGUAGCUCGUCUCGGCCCGCUCGGUUGGACAUGUAUUGGGUCCGCUGCUAAAGAUACCAACCACCAUUCAAGAUCCCAUCUGGCGAGAACACUGCAUUCCAAAACGGCAGAUCCGGAUAACAGAUUGACAGAGUGUUGUAACCUUGAUUGUACAAUGCGUAACUUCUGGGAAAUCGAAAGUACUGGUACCGACAAAGUUUGUGCAAAAGUUAUGACCGAAGAUGAGAAAUUAGCCCUUGGAAAGGUCGAGAGCUCGUUGCAAACAGUGGAUGAGAGAUACCAAGUUGGUGUACCUUGGCGAGGUGAUCGACCAGAGUUGCCGAGCAACCGUCAGAUGGCACAAUCUCGCCUGGUCUCCACCGAAAGAAAUCUGCGAAAGAAUCCCAUCGUGGCUAACGAAUAUCAGAAAACAUGUGAGGAUCAAUGGCCGAGAAUGAAAUUUGAGAAACGUGCGAAACGGUGAUCAAAGAAGAAGGACUCAGAGAAGGACUCAGAGAAGGACUCAGAGAUCCAGGAAGCGGAAGAGGAAGCGAUUCGUUUGGCUCAACAAGAAGGUUUUCGUGGGGAUUACGACAUCGUCAAGAGUGGCAAACCGGUGCCAAAAACCAGUCCGCUUGUCAAGUUAAAUCCUACCAUUGAUGAAGCCGGUUUAAUUCGCUCAGAUGGACGCCUUAAAUUCGCAGAACAGCUACCGUACGACGUACGCCAUCCAGUCAUACUUCCGAGAAGACACUGGAUCACAAGGCUGAUUGUCAAGGAUUAUCAUGAGAAAGAUAACCACAACGCCGGAGUGAAUUUCAUCCUAAGUCAAAUUAACGAGAAAUAUUGGAUCAUCGCAGCGGGGGAGGAGAUGCGUGAAUGGGAAAAUCAGUGUAACCACCGCAAAAGACGACGCAGCAAGCCAGCUAUCGAAGUAAUGGCACCUUUACCGAAAGUUAGAUUACGUUUCACGUACCGUGCAUUCGAUCAGUGUGGUAUCGACUUUGCUGGGCAUUCGUUACCAUCCAAGGACGCGGACAGUUCGCGCCAGAAUCAGAGCUUCGUAAAGAAUGCCAUCCUCGACAGCGUUGGAGAAAGGUACAGCAUUUGGUUUCUUUGGUGUGGCGGAGAUGGCUCAAGGAAUGUUUACCAAUGUUGACGGUAAGACCAAAGUGGUCGGAAAUAGUCAAAGAUUUAAAUGUGGGUGAUGUGGUCUUGGUCAUGCAACAAGGUUUAUCGCGGGGAGAUUGGCCGCUAGGACGGAUCAUUGAUGUUUAUCCCGGGAAGGACGGACAUACAAGAGUCACGAAAGUACAAUGUGGCCAAAAGACAUAUAUUAGGCCCAUACACAAACUAAUUCCAUUGGACGUGUAAUAUCGGACAGUUAAUAUUUUGACAUUAAUUAAAGUUGGACAUUGUUUGUUCACACUGUUGUAUUAGACUUCAGUGUGGAGAGGGGAAUGUUGAGAAGCAUAUUAUUAAUGUUUAAUUUUGUCAAUUUAUGACGUAAUUAAUUAGUAACGCAGUUUCCGGCCGAGAGAAAAGACUGGGUCGAGAGCAUGCCCUCGACGGCUCUAGGCUCGAACAAGAAAAACUGAUAGAUAAUCAUUCGAAGAUGUACACUUUUAUAGCUUUUUGGUAAAAUAUAUUGUUCUUUAUUCAUAAUCGGAGAGACUAGUUAACAACAAACAUUACGUGAAAGUUAGCAUACCCCAUUCAUUUACCGAGUGUGACGAAGAAACUGGAGGUUUUUUAAUUAUUAAUAUUACUUUCCUAUACAAAAGUUAUAGCGAAAAACACGCCAAAGUUUAGUGUCAGCUAACUUUUGGACAAUGUCCUGUUGUCACUUUCCUAUAAGCUCAAUAUUUAUUAUACUGAUCAUGAAAAUAAACCAAACGCAAUAGUCUUUUUUUAUUUGCCCGGGGGUGGGGAAUUUACACUUUUGAAAUAAAAAAUAUGCAAAUUCCCAGAGGUUGCCCGGGGGGGGGGGAUGGCUACAGGAAGAAUUGAACCAUACAUAAGCCCUGACCAUGCCCAUUUUUGUGGGCUUAACUCAAAGAAAGAAACACAACUUGGUCUUAACUUGAAGUCAUUGAAAAUAUUCGAUGCUCGAGUUAAGACCCGACAUUUGAGGCAUGUAAAAGAGCAAUGGCAGUGGUGGAAAUUUUCGGAAAUUUUGACCUAAAAGAGAGCACAAAACCAUGGCCGGAUUUUGAGGGGAGGUGUGGGGAGGUUGCACCUCUCCUGAGAUCGUUUUACACCUUGAAAAGUCAUGCACCUCCCCUUGGGAAAGUUUCAAUGAUAGACGGGGUGAAAAUUUGAUAUUUUUUUGUUGCUUAGAGUCUAUACUUCAUAAGCCAUUCAUCUCUGUGCCCUUUUAAAGCAAUGUUUUUGAAAGAAACUUUGCAGUAAUUGUAAUGAAGGGCAAAAUUGGAUGAGUUGCACAGUCAUAAUUCAUUAAUACACUGAUACAUAAUUAUGUACACUACAGUACAUGCAUACGUUAGUCUAGGACCUGUAUAUGAGUUUGUAUGCGAUUCAUUUAGGACAGGUAAUCUCAACUGUUUUAGGGUAAAAUGUCCAUGGCGGUCAACAUGGCAUAUGUGCGAAAACCUGAAUCCGGGACGAAAGUCCUGAAAAUGACCCCGCCCUUAAACGGCAGUGUCGACAUAGCUCUAACUUCCGAAAAGGAAAAGCGAUAGCCUUUCUGAAGUGCUUAUGGUGUUUAGAAGGGCUGCUUUUAGGGGUGGUCAUUGGAAGGAAAAAUUUGUCGAAGUAUAAUAUUUUACCAGAAAAUGACUAUGCACCACCCCAGGUAAAUUGCUGAUUAUGCACAAAAUAACUAAUAUGCCUGGCAGAAAUUAAAUAUUCUUAUUUCCAAAAAAAAAUGUCAUGGGGUGAAAAACUAUGCUUAAUUUAAUAUAAAUAGUGUUGAUUUCAUAAGGAUUGUCAUUGUUUUCUUUAAAUAUAAUACAUUUUAUUUCACUUACCCCCCACGAAAACAUGAUUUCAGCCAUAUUUUGCCGUCUUGUUUGCUUUUUAUCGCCGAAUCUCGCAAAUAUCAUCCAGUUAUUGUACUUUUACAUAAUCAUAAAUGGCUGAAGAAGAUUUCAAAGAAGGUUUCAUCCACUUUUGUAACAGUGCAGUGUAUUUUACCUUCGAUAUUGUGUCCUUCGAUAUUCCGCCAAAUUGCCACCAUUUUAAUGGCUCGCCGCUUCUCUGUCUGAUAAAUGCAACUUCUUCGUUUCCAUAUGUAUUUAGAUUACAGUAUCCGAGAGUACUUCAUUGUAGAAUAGUCCCAAUCCAAAAAUUGGCAACAUUUGUCCCAUUAGGAAGGAAAAAUCCUCCCGUAUACCAUUUAGGUUCAAAAUAAAAAACAAAUCAUUUGAAAGUCACGCGCAAUCUUCGCGAAAACUUCUCGUGGACACAUGACAGGGGGGGUUGAAUCAGGGAUGCCGGAAGUUGCUGGGGGCAAGGGGUGCAAUUGGUUAACAAGAGGGCAUAUUCCUUAACAAAAGGGCACUAAUGAAAAUGAAAGGGCAUCUAAAAAUUAUUUUUGGCGACCUCCCCGCCCCCCGCCAAAAAUUUUUUGGUCAGUGUACCAUUUUAGGGGUAAAAAAAAUUUUCCGGACAUACCACAAUUUUUCCUAAAUACAAAAAAAAUUUUCCGGAAUUAAAACAUUUUUCCGGAAAUAACAUAGAUUGAAUUUUUCAAAAAUGCCCUUUGCGCAAAAAAUGCAAUUUUAAUGAAAAUGUUUCACGCAAAAAGGGCACUUUGUGCACCCGUUGCACCCGUAUUCUGCACCCGUACUGCACCCACAAAGUUGAAAAUGCAAAAGGCAAGGGGUGCACUUGCACCCGCUGCACCCGUGGUUCCGGCAUCCCUGGGUUGAAUAUUUUCACGAAUAUGUUCGCCACCACAGAAACAUAACUAAAUAUAUUGUAUUUAUUGUAUUUAUUAUUUAUAAUAAAAACAAUAAAUAUUUGCGUAGUUUUGUCAUAAAUCAUAAAAAUGCAAUAAAUACAAUAUAUUUAGUUAUGUUUCUGUGGUGGCGAACAUAUUCGUGAAAAUAUUCAACCCCCCCGUCAUGUGUCCACGAGAAGUUUUCGCGAAGAUUGCGCGUGACUUUCAAAUGAUUUGUUUUUUAUUUUGAACCUAAAUGGUAUACGGGAUGAUUUUUCCUUCCUAAUGGGACAAAUGUUGCCAAUUUUUGGAUUGGGACUAUUCUACAAUGAACUACUCUUGGAUACUGUAAUCUAAAUACAUAUGGAAACGAAGAAGUUGCAUUUAUCAGACAGAGAAGCGGCAAUUUGGCGGCAAUUUGGCGGAAUAUCGAAGGACACAAUAUCGAAGGUAAAAUACACUGCACUGUUACAAAAGUGGAUGAAACCUUCUUUGAAAUCUUCUUCAGCCAUUUAUGAUUAUGUAAAAGUACAAUAACUGGAUGAUAUUUGCGAGAUUCGACGAUAAAAAGCAAACAAGGCGGCAAAAUAUGGCUGAAAUCGUGUUUUCGUGGGGGGUAAGUGAAAUAAAAUGUAUUAUAUUUAAAGAAAACAAUGACAAUCCUUAUGAAAUCAACAAUAUUUAUAUUAAAUUAAGCAUAGUUUUUCACCCCAUGAUAAUUUUUUUUAGGAAAUAAGAAUAUUUAAUUUCUGCCAGGCAUAUUAGUUAUUUUGUGCAUAAUCAGCAAUUUACCUGGGGUGGUGCAUAGUCAUUUUCUGGUAAAAUAUUAUACUUCGACAAAUUUUUCCUUCCAAUGACCACCCCUAAAAGCAACCCUUCUAAACACCAUAAGCACUUCAGAAAGGCUAUCGCUUUUCCUUUUCGGAAGUUAGAGCUAUGUCGACACUGCCAUUUCAGGGCGGGGUCAUUUUCAGGACUUUCGUCCCGGAUUCAGGUUUUCGCACAUAUGCCAUGUUGACCGCCAUGGUCAUUUUACCCUAAAACAGUUGAGAUUACCUGUCCUAAAUGAAUCGCAUACAAACUCAUAUACAGGUCCUAGACUACGUCACAUUGUUGACGUUGGCCUGUUCUAAACCCUAACUUUCCAUGGUCAGUCGUGAGCUAGACCGCUGCACUUUCUCUAAAUUUUUUUCCACCUCCCCCACUAUUUCCACCACAAUCCGGCCUUGCUCAAAACAGCCUUUUCGAGUGCAAAUUGGGGGGGUUUGUCGGAAAUUUGAAUGUUUUGUUGGAAAUUUAGGAGGCUUCGCCUCUGAGCUAGUGAGCUUAUAUACGAAUAAACUGACCUCUUACGCGAAAUUAUGCCCGGAACAGUGCUUUGUGCUGUUGGCUCGGGGAUUAAGUUCUUACUUUUCUGUAGUGGAUUAAAUGCUAAAUUUGCAUGCAUUCCUGUAUUUACAGGGAAGCAAAUGCAGAAUAUCAGAUUCUUGCCAACUCCUGGCAUUACUCACCAAGUUAUUCAAAUCAGCUGUUCUUUGCAAUGGUUGAUUUUGAUGAAGGAUCAGAUGUCUUUCAAGCGGUAUGUUUUGUAUAAUUAUGAUGCGUUCACACUAACACAAUCAUACAGUUGUGGCUGCAUUAGAAAUUGAUAUGGAUGGCAUUUCGACACAUUCUUUUAAUUGUGAUGGCUUGGUCAGCUCAACCUACAGCAGCAAAAUAACUGUUUUGGUUAUCCACUCUAGAUCAUUGGUUAUUAUAAAAAAAAUAUUUCUUUGUUUUAUUUAUAUUUUUUAGUUAAAGUUAAAUUCUGCUCCAGUUUUUAUGCAUAUUCCAGCAAAAGGAAAAGCAAAACGCGGCGAUAGUUAUGAUAUCCAGAGGUAGUAUUGGCAAUUUUUAACCGAUAUAAAACUGUAAAUAGACAGAUGAAUACGAGGCCUCUGUAAUUAAAAGUGAACAAGAUUUCUUUGGUAGGGAUGCAUCUACCUGAAAAACAUAAGGAGAAUUUCGAGCGAAUGCCCUUCGUCUGGAGACUGGAGUUACUUUGGCAAGCAACUCCAGACGCCUUCGCUCGAAACGUCAAUAUUCUUCUUAUAUCUUUGAGGAAUACUGUAGUUGCGCAUCACUGCCAACAAAAGCUUGUUCAUAUUGUUGGCAUUACCUACACUGGCACAGAAAGUUUGAAAUUAAAAAUAUAUCGUAUAGGUAUAGUUUCAAACCACGAAAAAUCUCUUUAAUUUAAUAUAUUAAGUGAAAUUUUAUAAAGAACACACACUAUCAAUGUUUGAGUAUGUUGUAGGAUGGGAUAUUCUGCUGAUAACCUUGGACGUUGGGUUGCGGAACGAACUGAUAUUCAUGUAAGUGUCCAUGUUGACACAUUCUCGUCUUUCAUACCACAUUAAUCUUUACGAGAGAGACUGUGGUUUGUAAACAUGAUCGUUGGGAUUUUGUGAAAUCAGGGGUUCCACGACUCGGGGAACCUGGGAACUAUAGUCUGUAGUACUACUUAGGGGCUGAUUACAUGGAGAGUUCUCAGUCCGGUUAAACGAGCUGAGAUUCCAUCACGAUUACAUGAGCAUUGAGCAGUUUGAGCUUGGGCUGAGUUUAGUCUGAGCUAUAUUUAUAGUCAACCCAGGCUGAAAUGUCAGCCCGGGCUGAAAUCAUCUGAGUGUCACGAAAUAGGACAAUAAGCCUGUUACGCUUCUUUGAAGCAAUCAGACGCUGAUUAGUCGACUAUUUGACUUGUGUGAGAUUGUGGUUAUAUAUAUAAUGUAUUUAAAGAUGAAACAAACACGCAAAAUAAAGCCAUUUAAACGGUUGUUUUUUUAGCCUGGACUGAAAUUAUUUGCGAUUACAUGCUGCCGGGCUGAGUGUCAGCCCGGGCAGCUCAAACCGGGCUAAAGCCCUUUAGUAAAUAACUUUCUGGGGAAAAGGCUUAGCAAUGUGGGACUUUUAUCUGUUUCAUGUUAUUAAAUAAUACAAAGUUAAUUUUUAACAGCUACUACAGCAUAUUAGCGCGGUACUGUUUAUAAAUAGCAAAGGAAGCUGUAUAAACGAACUGUAUUAGAUUUAAACUCUUAAUUGAUUUAAACAACCUUGGCUCUUUUCCAAGUUUUGAGCGAAAGCUGUUUGUCAAGUGAAGUGGAGCUGACUAUUUUCCCUGUAAAAAUACCCCGGUUAACAUUUUCCUACAUGGUUAACCUUGUAGAUAUACCCCAUACGGGUUAACACCGUACAGUAGUUAACACCAAGAAUGUGGCUAUAUUUGACCAGGACUAUGUUAGGUGGAAAAAUAACCAGGGGCCCUAACCCAAAUAUUUCUAGGUUAAAUAUUUUAUCCAGGGUGUUUUUAAAUUGUACAAUUGUGUUGAUAUUUUAGAUUCGUAUCCUUCGUCCUCCAAACUACAUGGGCGCACUUGCCUUGGGCACUCUUGUUAUUAUCAUUGGUGGUUUGCUGUAUGUCAAGAGAAAGAGUUUGGAGUUUCUUUAUAACCGAACAUACUGGGCAAUUGGUGCUUUGGUGAGUCUCAGAAGAAAUAGGCUUGAGUAAAAUCCCGCGUAUAAGAACCUAUACUAUUUUACAGCUCAGGUUGAAUAGGUUCGUACAUAUCUGAUGCCGGUUGUACCGGAUAGCACGAUCCACCAGAGAACGAUUGUUUGAAGCUUCCUAACACCUAUCCACCAGAGAACGAUUGUUUGAAGCUUCCUAAAACCUAUCCACCAGAGAGCGAUUGUUUCAAGCUUCCUAAAAUAACUCGUUGAUUGGUCUAGCCCAGAUUAAACUUUAUUUUUUACUUUAGACCAUUGUUUUCUGUAUGUUGUCCGGUCAAAUGUGGAACCAUAUUCGUGGUCCAGCUUAUGCUCACAGGAAUCCAGAGAAUGGUCAAGUGGUGAGCGACUCACUUUUUAUUGGUGUUAUGAAAUUAAUUAUAAAUCAGAUGUCUGAGAAAUAGCAUUUCCUGAAUUGUGAAAUGAUAUUCUGAACACGUUGAUGGGUUAUUUUGAGAAAUGUGAAGGUUGUAAUGGAGGUUAUAAUGUAUUUCAAUGUUUAGUGGCAACGAUUAAGUAUUGUGGAAACUGACCCAGUUAUUUUUUUAAAUUUUUGUAUCACAUUUUAGAAUUAUAUCCACGGGAGCAGUCAGUAUCAAUUUAUAGCCGAAACGCACAUCAUUCUUGGUCUUUGUAUCCUUUGA